CCAUACAAAAGAUGUCUGCAGCAGCAAAAAAGAACCUUCUUGUCAAGUUAGUUGUUGGUGCUGGCCAAGCAGCCCCAGCCCCUCCUGUUGGUCCGGCCUUGGGUUCCAAAGGGGUUAAAGCCAUUGAUUUCUGUAAAGAGUUCAAUGCUAGAACUGCCAAUUUCCAACCAGGUACUCCGAUUCCGGUUUUACUUACCGUCAAAGGUGACAGAAGUUUCACUUUCGAGAUGAAGAGCCCUCCAACUUCCUGGUUAGUGUUAAAAGCCGCUGGUGCCAAACAAGGUGCUGAUAAACCAGGUCAUGAAAGCGUAGGUGAAAUCAGUUUGAAACAUGUUUAUGAAAUUGCUAAGAUUAAAAAGACUGAUGACAGACACAAGGAUGUUGACAUGCAAGCUAUCUGUGGUGCCAUUAUUUCAACUGCAGAAGCUGUUGGUGUUAAGGUUGUUCAUUGAUUAGAUUAAGCAGCUUCUUUUAUUUUUUAGUCAUUUGUAAUAUAGAUCCUUCUUUUCUUCUUGUAUAUAUCCUUUAAAUACACUCA